CUCUGGACUCUGAGGGACCCAAACCCUCUGGAUUCUGAGGAACUCUGAGGGAUUCUGGACUCUGAAGGAUUCUAGAGUCUGGAGGACUCUGGAGGACUCUGAAGUCUGGAGGACUGGACGACUCUGGAGUCUGGAGGAUUCUGGAGUCUGGAGGACUCUGGAGGAUUCUGGAGGACUGGAGGACUUUGGACUCUGGAGGACUCUUUAAUCUGGAGGACUCUGGACUCUGAAGGACUCUGGUGGAUUCUGGAGGACUGGAGGACUUUGGACUCUGGAGGACUCUGGAGUCUGGAGGAUUCUGAAGUCUGGAGGAUUGGAGGACUUUGGACUCUGGAGGACUCUGGACGACUCUGUAAUCUGGAAGACUCUGUAAUCUGAAGUACUCUGAAGGACUCUGAAGGACUCUGGAGGAUUCUGGGGGAUUCUGGAGGACUCUGGAGGAUUCUGGAGGGCUCUAGAGGACUUUGGACUCUGGAGGACUCUGGAGGACUCUGGAGUCUCGUGGAGUCUGGAGGAUUCUGAAGUAUGGAGGACUGAAGGAAUUUGGACUCUGGAGGACUCUGGAGUCUGGAGGAUUCUGAAGUCUGGUGGACUGGAGGACUUUGGAGUACUCUGGACUCUGGAGGACUCUAGAGUCUGGAGGAUUCUGGAGGACUAAGGACUCUGGAGGACUCUGGAGUCUGGAGGAUCCUGGAUUCUGGAGUCUGGAGGAGUCUGGAGGACUCUGGACCCCAGUUCUUUCUGUUCCAGUUUGUCUCCUCGUCGGUCUUGUCUUCAGAUUCUUCACUGCAGAGAGAGAGAGAGAAAGAGAGAGAGAGAGAGAGAGAGAGGGGGAGAGAGAGAGAGAGAACAUGACUGCUCUGGGCAAUCGAGGCCUGCUCUCUCUCUCUGGUUGGUCGGUUCAUGCUCCCCCCUCCUCCUUCCCUUCCUCCCUCCUCUCUUUCUCUCUCGUUCACCUCUCCUCUCCUAAUAUGGUCAGGCCCUGCCCCCCGCUGUGAUGUCAUCAGCAGCUUGGAGGAAGACCCGUGGGGUUUUUGGGUUUUGGCGUCCAGUCCUGUGGGGCCACAGGGCUGAGAGUUUCCCCUCCGCUCCUCAUCCCUCCAUCAUCGGCCUGCCUCUCUCCUCCUCUCUCCUUUUCUCUUUGGGGAAAAGAAAAAAGACACUUUCCUCGGAGCUCGAUUCGCCGUCGGAUCCCGAUUCCGUUCCCCCGCGUUUUCUUGUCCUCUGAGGAUUUUAUUUCUCUUUUCCCUUUUUUCCGCUCCUCCUCCUCUUUCCUUCCUUCCUUCCUUCCUCUCCUCCUUUCUUUCCCACCAGUUUCAACAUUACUUUUUAAUAAAUCCCUGAAAAACUCAGAAAUGUUUUUCCCCGUCAAGAGUGAAAGGUUGAAUUAAAUCUGAAAAACAGAGAAAAAGUUCUAGAAUAAAAGUCCUGCUCUUCUUCUUUCUCAACAUAUCUUUUAUUUUUUGCCUCAUUCAUUCUUCUUCUUCUUCUUCGUACGAGUCGCGCGGCACAUUUCACACUUCCAGAUUUUUAAUGUUCCAUAAGAACUCGUCGACGGACCCGAACAUCGAGCCUCUGUCCGUCCUGCAGAGCUGAGAUUUUUUUAUUUUCCUGCACUUUUCUUCUUCUUUUUGUUUUUCCUCGUCGUUGUGUCGUCGUGGUCGAUCAGCGGCGGCAGUCGGAGCGUCGGGACCUUGGAGAUGUUCGGGAUCCAGGACAACCUGCCCCGUGGGGCCACGGCCGGCAUGAAGGAGGAACCGCUGGCUGUUCGGUCCUGGAUGCACUCGGCCGGCGUGGUGGACGCCAACACGGCCGCUCAGAGCGGGGUGGGGUUAGCACGUGCUCACUUUGAGAAACAGCCUCCGUCCAACCUGAGAAAGUCCAACUUCUUCCACUUUGUGUUGGCGCUGUACGACCGUCAGGGUCAGCCGGUCGAGAUCGAACGCACGAGCUACGUCGACUUCGUGGAGAAAGAGAAGGAGCCGACGGGAGAGAAAACCAACAACGGGAUUCACUACAAACUGCAGCUGCUCUACAGUAAUGGUGUGAGAACAGAGCAGGAUCUCUACGUCCGACUCAUCGACUCCAUGACCAAACAGGCUAUCAUCUAUGAAGGUCAGGACAAGAACCCAGAGAUGUGUCGGGUUCUGCUCACACACGAGAUCAUGUGCAGUCGCUGCUGCGAUAAGAAGAGCUGUGGAAACAGAAACGAGACACCGUCGGACCCUGUCAUCAUCGACAGGUUCUUCUUGAAGUUCUUCCUCAAGUGUAACCAGAACUGUCUGAAGAACGCUGGGAAUCCACGAGACAUGAGGAGGUUUCAGGUGGUGGUGUCUACGACGGUGAACGUGGACGGUCACGUGCUCGCCGUCUCUGACAACAUGUUUGUACACAACAACUCCAAACAUGGCCGCCGCGCCCGGAGACUGGACCCGUCUGAAGCAGCCACUCCCUGUAUCAAAGCCAUCAGUCCGAGCGAGGGCUGGACGACGGGCGGAGCCACCGUCAUCCUGAUCGGGGACAACUUCUUCGACGGCCUGCAGGUGGUGUUCGGCACCAUGCUGGUGUGGAGCGAGUUGAUCACCCCUCACGCCAUCCGGGUCCAGACUCCACCUCGCCACAUCCCCGGGGUCGUCGAGGUCACGCUGUCCUACAAAUCUAAGCAGUUCUGUAAAGGAGCGCCGGGACGCUUCGUCUACACAGCAUUAAACGAGCCCACUAUAGAUUACGGCUUCCAGAGGUUACAGAAGGUCAUCCCUCGUCACCCUGGAGACCCAGAGAGACUGCCCAAGGAGGUGCUGUUGAAGAGAGCAGCCGACCUGGUGGAGGCGCUGUACGGGAUGCCCCACAACAACCAGGAGAUCAUCCUGAAGCGAGCGGCGGACAUCGCUGAGGCCCUCUACAGUGUUCCCAGGAACCACAACCAGAUCCCGUCACUAGGCAACACCACCUCCCAUGGCAUGAUGGGAGUUAACUCCUUCAGUGGACAGCUGGCAGUCAACGUCUCGGAGACAACACAAGUUGGUUACAGUCGUAACACCAGCAGCGUAUCGCCACGUGGAUACGUCCCCAGCUCCACCCCCCAACAGAGUAACUACGGCAACACCGUCAGCAACAGUAUGAACGGCUACGGCAACACAGGCAUGCCAAACCUGGGAGUGGCAACAUCACCAGGUUUCCUGAACGGCUCGUCUGCCAACUCUCCCUACGGCAGUAAGUAUCAAGUUGUUCCCUCCAGUCCAACCAUGGCCGUGUCUAACUGUAACUCUUCUCAUGGAGUUUUCUCCUUCUCUGCUGCCGUCAAACAGAAGAGCGCCUUCGCUCCCGUCGUCCGACCGUCGGCUUCACCUCCUCCACCCAACUGCUCCGCUAACAACGGGCUGCAAGCCAUGUCCGGCCUCGUCGUCCCGCCGAUGUAAGAAAUCGUCGUCCUGACCACGAGCACCUGUCAAAUCAGAGGAGGAGCCACAGGCAGCAGCUGACCAGUCAGGAGACAGUUUUCAUCCUGUCGGUCACAGUAAAGAACAAACUCUUGUCUGUGAUUGGAUGGCAGAAAAACAAACAAGACAUUUUGUACAAUAAUUUUCUCUGUAAAUAAUUUCAUGUUAUACUAUUUGUGUAUGUGUGCGUGGGGGGCUUUCUUCUUGGGGAGCGAGGAUGAGGAAGCUUCCUUCUUCCUCUGACGGAUCAUGAGGCGUCAGGUUUAGGAGAAGAGAAGAAGAAAAUCUCAGACGGGAUUAAAGAGCGAAGAAGAUUCUGUUUAGGGAACAAAGAAGGAAGCUUUGACUUAGGGAGCAGCUGAGUUCAAAGAUAGAAGCUCCUUACCUGGGGGAGGGGGGGGGGGGGAUUAGAAGGUGAGGAAGAUGGACCCUCCCUACCUAGGAAACAAGGACAGGACAAAGGACUCACUUGGAGAACAGAACAAAGUAUUGAUGAUGAUCAUGAAUGAACACGACUUUGUUUCAACCUUGUAAAUAUUGUUCUGAUGCAUCAGACCUGGAACAGUUGGUACAGUGGGUCACACCACUGACCGACGUACAGCUUGCCGGGGGUUCAAACUGUCACAUGACUGAAACCUGUUGAAUGUAAUGGAACGUCACAAACCAAUCAGAUUCACUCAGAUGACAUCAUGAGGAAGUCUGAAUCAUGUUCAAAUGACAUCACGACUCACAGUGAAGAGAGCGUCUUGGCCCCGCCCCACGUUCAUUAGCCCCGCCCCUCUAGUGUUUUAUUUAUUUAGGGAUUUUUUUUAAUGCUCACAUUGUAAAAACAAAUCCUGUAUCCUGAUAGGAUUCUGUGACUGUCCGUCUCCUUGUUAAUCAUGGCCCCUCCCACUAACCCCGAACCCCGCCCCGAGCACUUAAGCCCCGCCCCUCCAUGUUUUCUCUGUGGGUUUUGUGAUUUUUGCCAAAACUUGUAGUUGGAUGAAUAUUUACACAUCACUGUGGUUGAUCACGCCCCGCCCCCUUUCCCUUUCCCUUUCCCGCCCCUCACCGACGUCACUGAGGAAGUGUUUUGUAACAUACAGAUUAUAAAUAGUGUAUUUAUACCUCAGAGUGUUUUGUAUAGAUGGAUGUUAAUCGUCACGUGUGAAAAACAAAACUUUGUUUUGUACAAAAAAGAAUUGUUAACUUCACACACUCAUAGAACUGUCAAUCAAAGCUGACGUCCAAUCAGCUCCACUCGUUUUUGUUUCUGUUGUUUUUAAUGUGAACUUUGGUUUACUGUAAUGGGAUGAUGUCAUCACCAUGAAUAAAGUCAGGUGACGGAGUGACACUCGUCAUGACAUUUAUCCACAGACAGAAGUAAAACAUUAUGCAUCAUCACACAAGAACCAAUCAGCUUCAACAUUACAACAGGUGACCACAGGUGGAGCUGUGGAGCAACACUCAGACUCUUUUUAUGAUCCAGUCGAUGUGUGUAUGACAUCACUGUGAGAUGAUGUCAUACAAUAGACAACAGGUGCAUCGGGCACCGACGUGAAACGACGACCUGAGCCCCUGGCGGCUGCAGGGGCGGAGCUUAAAAUCAGACACUCACUUCCUGUAGCUUCACUGAGCAACAUGUUUUUAAUAUCUCAGUGAAAUCAAAGCACCGAUUUAUGACAGGGUGAAGGGUGGAGGUGUAUGGACACAUACAGGUUAAAGGAAUAUCACACUUAUCUACAUGUAUCCAUAUACACUACCAUACAUAGAUAUAUUGCACAGGUGAAAAAGACAGAAAUUGUGGUUAUUGUUUAUUGAAGUUUUCUUCUCCCAGUUGUAUGAAGUCAGACGUCUGAAACAAAACAUCAGUCAGUUUGACUUCACAUCACCAACACAACGUCUGGUUUACCAUAAUGAACUUAUUUGAUUCAAUUCAAUUUGACACAAUGAGCAGCUCUGAGACUGUGGAGAGAAGAAACUCUUUUAACAAGAAGAAAUCUGUAACAGAACCAGGACAUCGGUGAGAGGAAAUAGAGAACAGACUGAUACUUAUAUUUACAAAAAUAUUACUAAUAGAAGGGGGUAUUAUUAUUAUUAUUAUGACGUUUAGUUUGUAAUGUGCUGGAAUAUUUGUCUGUCUGAUACAGCAGCUAAACACAAAACUCUUUUAACAGCAAUAAUCACGUUUUAAAGUUGCUUUGUUUAUUAAAUAUAUGAACCUUAAGCAGGCUAAACAUCACAUUUGUAUAUUUUUGAAGCCUGAUACUGUUCGGCAGGAUUCUCGUCCUAGACCUCGGCCAUGUC